AUGUCGCUGGCAAUGCGUUUGUGCGCCCUUCUGCUUUUUGCGAACAGCUGCUUCGCUGAAAUUCACAAUAAGGCCUGGUGGAACAAUACCGUCUAUCAGAUUUAUCCAAGGAGUUUGUAUGAUUCGGAUGCUGAUGGCAUAGGAGAUUUGAAGGGUAUAACUUCAAAGUUGGAUUACAUCGCGGAGAGUGGCAUUAAUGCGAUCUGGCUGUCGCCCAUAUAUCCAAGUCCCAUGGUCGAUUUUGGAUACGACAUAUCCGACUUCGUUAAUGUUGAUCCCAUUUUUGGGUCACUGCAAGAUUUCCAAACUCUUCUGAAGCGUGCUAAAAAACUUGGACUAAAAGUGGUCCUCGAUCUUGUACCAAAUCAUACAUCUGACAAGCAUGUAUGGUUCCAAAAAGCUCUUCAAGGUAAUAAAAAAUAUAAGAACUAUUACGUGUGGGCAGAUGGCAAAAAUAAGGAUGCCCAAACACCACCCAACAAUUGGAUCAGUGUGUUUAGUGAUUCUGCGUGGACCUACGUUGAGUCGCAAAAGCAAUGGUACCUUCAUCAAUUCGAUUAUAGACAGCCUGAAUUAAACUUUUAUAAUCCUGACGUACAAGAAGAGAUGAAAAAUGUCUUAAAAUUCUGGUUGGAUCUGGGUAUAGACGGAUUUCGCGUCGAUUCCGCACCGUUUAUUUACGAAGACGCAAAAUUGCGAGAUGAGCCUAGAAGUUACGCGGCUGGUGCUACAUCGCGAGAUUACAAGUAUCUGGAUCACAUUUAUACCACAGACUUAAUCCCUACUUACGAAUUAUUCGGAACUUGGCGAAAAUUUGUAAGUUUCAGCACGGCAAAUUCGACGUGGCUUCCAGUGAACCAAAAUUACAAGCAGUUAAACUUGGCGAACGAGAAGGUGGCCGAUGAGUCGCAUUACAAAAUUUACAAGACCUUGACUCACAUGCACCGAACGGAGCCGGCCCUUACCGAGGGAAGCUAUAGAUCGUUCACAACGAAUGAUAACACAGUUUUCGGUGUGAUACGUAACUCUGGUUCCCGUUUCGUGCUACUUCUGAUUAACUUCAACGAUGAUCAAUCCCAAGUUGUCGAUCUAUCGGCUGAAGGACUUUCCGCGCGAAUGACGGUCAAGGUUUCCAGCUUAGAAUCUCACGUGAAAGCAGGGACAAUGGUCGAUGUAUGCGAGAUACCCUUACCUGCCAAAGCUGCCGUAAACAUGGUAGAUGUUACAACAGCCUUGCCAUCCAACGGAGGAGGGUCACUAAUUGGGCGAACCAGAGGUGCUCUCAGGUCGGUACGAUCCGCUCUAGGAGGAAGUGGCGAGUAUCUUCAGGGCCUAGGAAAUAGGAUAGGGUCCGCUCUUAGUAGUAGCUUAGAGGAGAGCGAAUUGACUACAACCCCCUCUUCAACACCGUCAUCGCCACAGGCACCACCGCAGACUAUCAAGCCAGAGGAGCAAUUAGGACGACGGAAACUCAGGCUGCCAAGAUUUGGCGCGGGAUUAUCUUACGAAGAUUACGAGGCUAUCGCGCGGCACAAGUUGGAACGCCAAGGCAGCGCCAAUCUUUCCAGAACGCGAAAGUAUCCGCCCGGGAUGACCUAUGAGGAGAUCGCGUCCUCGAGAUCGGCCUCGAGCAAGAAGCAGGAGAGCCGUACGGAGCAGGAUGACAUUAGUCCCGAUCGAGACAGCCAGGAAAGUAUAGAGCCUCUUCGGGAGCAGGACAUCAAAGCGACCGGGCCUGAUCCUUACGAGAAGUUGAAUUACAAAGCAGAUAUGCCUUGCAGCAGCGAUUCCACGAGCGAUCAAGAUGGAUACGGGCCCAGUACUAGUCUGGAUUCCAACAUGGAUGGUCGCAGAAUGUGGCAAAGAUCAGGAUCAUCGGGAUCUGUACAGUCGUGGGCUUCGAGUUUGUCGGCUGAUAGUCAAUCGGAGGAAGCUGCCGCGGACUUCAUGAAAGCUUUCGUACCUCUACUAUUCGACGCGCCUAAUAGUAUUGACCAAGAACAAAAGGCUAAUUUCGGACAGAUGGUUCUAACAGAAUCGGGAAGAAUAUGGUUCUCCAGAGUCGUAAAUGCAAGGAGAGCACGCGCCUGUGUCACAGAAGCUUCAUUUUACUCCUUGGCUCAGCAUUUUGCGGUCGCGCUGUUCGAAUGCCACGAAGCGGACGAUUUUGCACCUGCCAAAAGUCUUAUGAACAUGUGCUUUACUUUCUACCACGAAGUGGAGGUUCCAGGAUUAGAGCCAUAUCGUGAAUAUCUGUAUACACAUCUGCGCGUUCAACCGAUAUGGACAUCUAUGAGGUUUUGGACGGCUGCUUUCUUUGACGCGGUUCAAUGUGAGCGAGCUUCAAGACCGGUACCACCGCGACCGAAAUCCUUGGAUCAAGAAAGCAUCGCCGCCGAAGAUCGAAAGUUUCAAGCAAACAUAGUUUUCGGGCAGUUAGGGACUUUCACUUGCAACAUGCACGCUUUUGGCCUGUCGCGAGCCUUAUGCACCGAGUUCCUCCGAAAACAAUGUAUCAUCGCCAAUUUAACGAAAGAGCAAGAGAAGAUGCUACGAGACAACAUAGACCGAAUGUUUGAUGAGACCGAGCCGUGGCGGUAGUUUAGUUUGGAAGAAGAUAUAAGAUCGAUCUCGCGAGUUACCUUAGAGAAGCGAUUGAACUUCUUACAUAUAAAUACUCCUUGAGGACAUCUUUGAUCGCGGAGAAAGCUACGAGAUCUAUUUGAAGCGAAAUCAUCGUUGAUGUAAAUCGGCCUCUGUUGAAUCUUUCCUCACACGGCGCGGGCGUUGGAUACGUCAAUUCCUGAGAGUCAAACACUGCACAAAACUCGCGCCUUAAAUCGUGCGCGUGAAAGGAUGUGUUAAGUCUCUUGCUAACAAUAUUAAAGCUUUUACAUACAUUUCUGAUAUAUGUAAAAUAUUUCUACAAAUUCGCAUUAAGAAGUUAAAUGUAUGAUGCUAGCAAAGAAGAAGUUAAAAUCUCAAGUUUGUUUUGGAAUAAUUUGAAAUUGAUACAUGAGAUAAAGAACUAUUAAAAUUUACACUGCGAUAAAGUUAAGAAAUAUAGAAAUGACAAUAAGGUUUGCGAAUGAAACUGCAUUGAGAGUUCGAUCAAAGUAUGGCGCGUUGCGCACAGUUUAUUAUAAAAUGCAGAAUAAGGGAAGAAAUGUUCUUAUUGGUAGAAAGCAGAUAAUACAAAGUACACAUACAUGUACGGAUGAUUCUUGAUAUAUAAAAAUUGUUUAUUUUAUGAGAUUUACAAAUAAGGCUCUACCAAUUGUUUUUAAUGAUUCUCGUUUUUCACAAUUUGCGCAUUUUCUAGUUUACUUAAGGUUACAGAAACUGAAGUUUAUUGCAAAAUCUAAUAUAAAUAAUUUUGGUAUUUAGAAUUAGUUGUAAUAUAGAAUUUUAAUCUAUAAUAUUUCUUGCUGCUAAAUUUUGUUUUUAUUACAUAUUCUAAAAUUAAUGAUGCAAGAUAUAUAGUUAAUGGUAAAACCAAAGAUCAUAGACAACAGCUAUUACUAUAUUUUCAAUAGCGAAUAUAUAUACAAAUCUUAGUGCAUUUUCAUAUGUGUAAAACAUUGUGCUCAUUUAGAAAUGUCCCACUUUGAAAAUCAUGAUGCAUUUCAUAAAUGAAACAGAGAUGUAAAAGACAAAAUGUCGAUUACAGGACAAGAGUAUCGGCAUUUCUUCCUCUAAAACUAAAAGUGAGUGUACCAGCUGAUUACAAGAAACAAUUUACGCAUUCCGACGCCUUGUUACCACACAUCAUGCAGUGUAAAUAAUUUCAAAAGAAAUGCUUGUACCUAAACACAUAUCAUUAAAUGCGAAUCUCAAUGCUGUAUUUUAUUUUAUAUAUGCCUAUUUGCGAUAUCUGCAAAUAUGGAAUAAUACACGCGCAGCAGAUACAAAAGAUAAAUAAAUUUCAUCAUCG